AUUUGUCGAAUUAACACAUUUAAAAACAAAGAAAAAGAAAAAAAAACAAGGCCUGCAGGUUCACCUCGGAAAUUGGCUUUUAGAAGGAGUGGUAGGGCGAAGAGGAGGAGGAGGAGAAAUUCAGACGUUUGAAGUCGUUUUCCAUUUGAUUAGUGAUCCCAAGAUGGAUCACUUAAGCAGUGGGCCGCGAUACACCCCAGCGUCGGACAAAGACUGGGGUGAUAAUGAUUUCCAGUUACAAGCAUCGGACACCAAAAGGCUUGAGAAGAAAAAGCACCCAGGGAAAAUUGGAGUUGUGAUUGGCGUGGUGAUCUUGGCCGCUCUUGUAGCUCUUAUGGCUGGAAUACUAGUCUGGCAUUUCCACUUCCGUAAACACCAGCGGGUCAACAGGAUGUACAGCGGGUCCAUGCGGAUCACCAACCAGGCAUUUAUCAACGACUAUGAGAACUCCAACACUCCAGAGUUUAAGGCUUUAGCAAAGCAGGUGAUUUCACAGCUUAAAGUCGUCUAUUCCAAAAGUCCUCUAUUGUCAAAAUACUACCGCGAGUCUACAGUUCAGGCCUUCAGUGAGGGCAGCGUCAUUGCCUACUACCUGUCUGAGUUCAACAUCCCCGUGGGGCAAGAAAGAGCAGUCGACAACGAAAUGACUUCAGUAGAUAAGCUAGUGAAUAAAAUGCGCAUGUCUAUCAGUGAAUUGACUUUUGAAAAUGUGGUCACUUCAGCUCUGGAUGAUCGCAUGUUUUUAAGAUCCUUUAAGGAUAAUCUGCAGUUUGCAGAGCAUACCAAGGUUGAUUAUGUAGGACAGAUCGAGUCACCGGGUUUUCCCAACAGUCCGUAUCCUCCUAACACCUUCAUCCAGUGGCAGCUGAGAGCUGACCACGGCUAUGUAGUCAAGCUGGUAUUUGAAACAUUUGAACUGGAAGAGAGCUGCGAGAAUGAUUUUAUCAAAAUCUACGAUUCCCUGGUUCCCAUCGAGAGUCUGGUUAUGCAAGAGUUGUGUGGCAAAUAUUUACCUAGUAAACGUUUGAGCUUUCUGUCCUCUGGCAAUGUAAUGUUGGUGACAAUGGCCACUCAUGACCAGUCCUUCCCAGGUUUUAGAGCACAAGUCUCACAAGUUCAAACAGGAAAUAGAGCUAUAGCAUGUGGUGAGAAGCUGAUAGGCUCAAAAGGCAACUUUUCUUCUCCCAACUACCCAAAUUACUACCCUCCUAAAACUACAUGCGAGUGGUUAAUUGAGGUCCCUACUGGGAAGGUAGUGAAGCUCGUAUUCAAAAGGUUACUCUUGUCCCAGCUGGGAAAGAAAAACCCAAACUGUGACAAAGACUAUGUGGAGGUCAACGGAAAGAAAUGGUGUGGAGAAAAACCUGAUGGGUCAGUGACAGAAACCAGCAGCACCAACAACAUGACUGUGGUGUUUUAUUCUGAUGAGUCUCGUGUGGACCAGGGCUUUUUGGCACAAUAUGAGGCCAUUGACAUCCAAAAUCCUUGUCCAGACAAGUUCCAGUGCAGAAAUAACAACUGCAUUAAGCCGGCACUAAGAUGUGAUGGUUGGAAUGAUUGUGGAGACAUGAGUGAUGAGGCGGAAUGCAGCUGCAGUCCCACUGAUAUUAGUUGUAGAAAUGGAUUCUGUAAGCCCAUGUUCUGGAAAUGUGAUGGCGUGAAUGACUGUGGAGACAACACAGAUGAGCUGGAUUGUGGGUGUAAAUCUGGGCAAAUAACGUGUAAGAAUGGCAAAUGUGUUUCUGAGAAGCUGAAAUGUGAUGGAACGGACGACUGUGGGGAUGGAACAGAUGAACAAGACUGUACAAAAUCCACAGGAGGUUUAACUGUAGGCUGCACAGAUUUUACAUACAAAUGUAAAGACAAUAAAUGCAUCAGUAAAGUGAAUCCAGAAUGCGACGGGACGCCGGACUGUGGUGAUGGAUCUGAUGAGGAGAACUGCAACUGUGGGACACGUGGGAGGGCCCAACGUAUUGUAGGUGGUCAGAAUGCAGAACAAGGGGAGUUUCCUUGGCAGGUCAGCCUCCAUGCCAAAAAAUACGGUCACGUCUGUGGCGCAUCCCUCAUCAGUCCGAAAUGGCUGGUCACUGCUGCCCAUUGUGUGCAAGAUGAAAACUCUUUAAAACUCUCCCAGCCUGGCUCUUGGGAAAUUUACCUCGGCGUUCAUACACAGAAAAUGUUAGAAAGUCCAGUUCAAAAGAGGAAUCUGAAGCAGGUCAUACCUCACCCUAACUACAACCACCACACCUUUGACAGUGACAUCGCCCUGAUGGAGCUGGACAGUCCUGUCACCUACAGUGACUACAUAAAACCCAUCUGCUUGCCAGCUGCGCAACAUGAGUUUCCACCUGGCCAGGAUGUGUGGAUCACUGGGUGGGGUGCCACACGAGAAGGAGGAUCUGCUGCAGUGGUGCUCCAAAAGGCUUCAGUCAGAAUCAUAAACCAAGCUGUGUGUGACGAUUUGAUGGGGGGCCAGAUCACAUCUCGGAUGUUUUGUGCUGGUAUUCUAAGUGGAGGAGUUGAUGCUUGUCAGGGAGACUCUGGGGGUCCUUUGUCCAGUCCUUCCGGCAAUCGUAUGUUCCUGGCUGGAGUGGUCAGUUGGGGUGAUGGCUGUGCUCGCAGAAACAAACCAGGCAUCUAUACAACAGUUACCAAAUUCCGUGGCUGGAUCAAAGAAAAGACAGGAGUUUAGUUUGUAUUGUCAAAUAAGGCCAAAGGCAUGGACAUAAAUGAGGACUGAGGGGGAGUGCCACAGUUUAAUAAAAAAACAAAACACUCUGAUUAUCCAUGAAGUGGCUUUUACUCUCAAUUGUAGCUGCAGUGAGGAACAUGCUUUAAGAGCAGUUACAACACAAUUUAAAUGCACUGUGAUUUGGGGCUUGAUGAAAUAUUUUUGAAUGUAAAUAAAUGUUUUAUUUUUGUGUAUUUUUAUCAUGUUUUAAUGGAGAAUAAUGUUAUUUCCUACACAGUAGAUUCCAGUGUGAUUGUUACCUAUUUCAUACAUGUAACUCUAUAUCUUAAGAAAUUCCCAACACUGUUUUUGUUUCUUUUGUUUUUUGUUUUUUUAUAUUUUUCCUCCCUGACUUCUGAAUUAAAAGCUCUGAGGCAGCAAGCUCAUUGCAGCUUACCUCCUAUGGAUCAGUUCACAAGUUCAGCUGAAAUCUCUGGAAAAAAAACUUAUUUCCCUUCUCUAAACACAUGCUAUAGUCAAACACAGGUUUAGUUUAAAUUUUCUCUUCUGCUGUAACAUGUCACCACGCUUCAAUUCUCCACAAUAUUAGUACUAGCUGCAAAGUUAAAUUGUUUCCAAAUAUUUGUAAAUGUGUGUUUUAUUGCAGAUAUUUUUAAAUAAAAAUAUUUCUUAUCUCCUGCACAGUCAUUCACCUACUCUUUGUUUCAGGACGCUUAUGUAUUGCAUCGAGCUUGACCCUCAACAUACAUGCCCGAUUUUUUUUCUUUUCUUUUUUUUUUUCCCUCUGGCACAGUUGGUGUGGA